CAUUUCACCUUCUCUCUUUUUCUUUCUUUCCUUUUUUUUUUAUAAAUAGAUCGAAAUAACGAGAGGGAAAAACAAGCGGAGAUUAAACGUUUUUUGUUUCUCCUUCUUUUUAAUCAAUCUUCCAUUAUUAAUCAUAUAUUUUUCAGCGAAAAGCCCGUUCCCCAAAGCUCCCCCUUAAUAUUCUUAUUACGCGAUGAAAACGGUGGAAACAACGAUCGAUCGCGGGGGAAAUAACGAUGCGAAUUCAGGCGCGAUAGUCGAAAAGGCUGUUUUGAAUUUCGAUUAAUUGCGGGGAACUGCGCAGAGGCGCCAGUAUGUUGGUAACGCAUCGGCGCGAUCGCGUCCAACUUCUGUUGCCGCUAAUUAUCGUUGAUUGUCAGCCGCCGAUAAUUACGAUUAAACCGGCUCCCGCUUUCAUCGCUAUUUUGAAAUGCUUGCUCGAUUCGGCGAAUAAAAUGUCACGGUAAAUUUACAUUUUUCCGUAAUUACGAUCCGUUCCACCUUUUUAUCGUCGAUGUCGAGUCGCCAAACGGGCCAAGAUUUCGUAAAUAUUUUCACGCCGUUCCCGGCCGGACGCGAUCAAUUUUUUCCCCCUCUCCCUUCUCUCUGUCUAUCUCUCUCUCUCUCUUCGCCCCUCCCACUCCAACGUUUCGCGUCACACAACGCGCCCGAACGCACGAAUGAAGUUAAGUACGGUUCGUUGGUCGAAACAAACGAACGUCCGUCCAAACGAUAUUUCCACUAUCUGCGAAUAAAUAAAUUCUCCGUGUUCCGGCGACCAACGCAACCUCGAUAUAUUUUUUUUUUUUGAACGAUUUUUGAUCCCGCAAAAUUUCAAGUUUCUUCAUUCACGCGCGACUCUCCCCCCCUCCCCUCCCCCUCCCCAUCAUUCGCGACUCGGGCGUGCGGUUCAAUUCGGAUUCCGGCCAGCGCGAGUUCAUAUCUCGUCACCGUCUCGUGCCAUUGGUCGACGAGAUGAGCCGAAAAAUAAGGCCGAGGAUCGGGAGAAGAUCGGGGAACAGAAAGGGGCGAAAAGUGUUGCCUACGAAAAUCGCGGCGUUGGUAGUCUCCGCUAUACAGGAUCUACGAGAGACGAAGGGGUCGACGCCUAGCAAAAUUAUCGGUUAUAUCAGUUACGUGUCUGAAAUGAACGAUGAUAAGGUUAAACGGCAAGUGAAGGCAGUUCUGAAAAGAGGAUUGGAAUAUGGGAUACUGAGAAAGUACAGAAGGCAGUACUAUCUUCCCACUAGCAACGAGUUAAACCGUGCUAAUCGCAUCGCAUUGAGAUUCGCCAAAUUGCCUUUGCCGUCCACGUAUCAGACGAAAUCUCGAAGCUUCUACUCGUUGAGAAGCAAAAGGAGAAAUUCGAGGAAAUCCAAUGUGAAAUCUUCGCGAAAGGCGAAACAACUGGCGGAUUUUUCGUCCACGUUAAUCUCACCCACCGUCAGCUUGGCGAAUACAAUUUGCAACGUUGACGACCUGUGAACGAUCCACUCGGAAAUAUUUUGAAUAUUCGUUGGCCGCGUAUGAUCAAAAUUGAAGUUGUCGACGGAUGUAAUCGUGAUCGAAUCGGUUGUAAAAAUUCUCGUGCGAUUAUUGAAAAUAAAAGGAAAAAAAAAAAGUGAUCGUAAAAGAAGGAGUUCGUUUAUACUCGUGUCAUGUAACAAUGAACGAAUUGUAAUUAAUAACAAGAGAAAAUAUUGUGAAACGCAGAAAUUGUUGUAUCUAACUUGUACCUAUCUCGAUAUAUAUACAUAUAUCGAGUGCAUAAUCUUUUGUCUUUCGUUUCCCUCGACGAGAAAUCGCAGAGUUGUAGUGAAUAAAAUAAUAAAUAAAAUAUAUUCGCCA